AAUUGCUAUUUUAGAUCAGGCUGACCCGGAAGCAAGCAUUGCCAGGGCUCCCCCGACAAAAAGCAGUGUUUCUAACUACAAAGGAAACCAUCGUCAUCGAGACAAUGGAACCGGAAGUGGUAAAAAAAGAAAACUCACUUCCAGCUACCAUUACAGGUGAGUCCACGCAGCCCUCCUCCACCCGUUCAACCUCCAGUUGUUCCGAAUCCAGGGUUCACGUCAAGGGGAUGCCUCGUCUCGUGACGUAGCGCUCGCGCUGCUCUCAGUUGUGUGUCGGAGCGAGGCAGAGGAUGAGGAGGAGAUGAGCUGAAGACACGCUGAGAGGACUACUGCUUUCUGUGUGAGUCACUUUUACGACUUCUUGGUUCCCAUAAUCGGACGAUAAAGCGGAGGAUUUAAACCGGAGAGGAUUGCACCAUGCCCAGCCUGCUGCGCCCCCUGCUGGCCGCCUGCCUGCUGCUGCUGCUGCCCGGCAGCCAGGCCUGGAUCCCCCGCUACAACAACGGCUUUCACUACCAGGACAUCAGCAAUGGAAACGGAAAUGGAGAGAUCUAUUUUAACGGAGUGCGCCUCCUGGUGGAGUCCCCGGAGCUCUCGGUGUCGGCCUCCAGGGGGAGCAGCGUCACCCUGCCCUGUCACUACCACUACGAGCCCGAGCCGUCCACGCCUCGCAGGACUCGGGUCAAAUGGUCGUGGCUACCCGCCAACACCGUCACUGCACCUGUAUCCCUGCAGGACCUCGCCAUGGAAACUGAGGUCAUGGUGGCCAUGGGCAACCGCCACCGCAGCUACGGCGGCUUUAAGGGCCGGGUGCGCCUGAGACGCUCGGUACCGGGCGACAUGUCCCUGGUGAUCAACGGGCUGCAGCUCAACGACACGGGGAGAUACCGGUGUGAGGUGAUCGAUGGCCUGGAGGACGAGAGCGUGACGGUGGACCUGGAGAUGAGGGGUGUGGCGUUCCCCUACUUCUCUCAGAAAGGACGUUACCUUUUUAACUUCUUCGAGGCCAAACAGGCGUGCAAGGAUCAGGAGGCCACGUUGGCUACAUUCGAGCAGCUCUUCACGGCGUGGGAGGAAGGGCUGGACUGGUGUAACGCCGGCUGGUUGGCUGAUGGCACAGUGCAGUAUCCAAUCACAGCCCCGCGUGACGGCUGCGGUGGAGAUGACUUAGCGCCUGGUCUCCGCAGCUAUGGACAACGACAUCGUCUCCUCCACCGCUAUGACGCUUUCUGCUUCUCCGCCUCUGUAAAGGGCACUGUGUACUUCUUGAAGCACCAGACCAAACUCAACUUCACAGAAGCGGUCCAGGCUUGCGCCAGUGAUGGAAGUCAAAUUGCCAAAGUGGGCCAGAUGUACGCCGCCUGGAGGCUGAUGGGGUUGGACCGCUGUGACGCAGGAUGGUUGGCUGACGGGAGCAUCCGUUAUCCCAUCACAAAGGCCCGAGCUAAUUGUGGCCCACCAGAACCAGGGGUGCGUAGUUUUGGGUUCCCCCCUCUGAACCAGAAAUUUGCCGUCUACUGUUAUCGGUAGAUGCUUCGGCUCAACACAAGGCCAACACUAGUUCAAAACUGGGUUUGUGAGGUUAGCAUUAGCUAAAGCCUGAGUGCAAAUGAGCAGUUUGUUCAUUUCUGAGCUAUUUCAGUCCAUUUGGGUUAAUCCAGCCCACCUCCAUCAGACUGUAACUGAUCCAUAUUGAACUUUACUACCAACAACAUCUGUUUGUGCAUUUAUCAUGGGAUGCCACUUGUACUUAAACAAAAGUCUCUGUAUAUGGCCAGAACAAGAACAUUACACACAAGUCUCUUUACAAAACCAUGGGCAUGCUGCUGAAACAGUAUUUUCAAACCCUAUUUUUGAGGUUGAUAUUGGAUAUUGAUCCAGUUCAUCUCAGAAGUGUUCGAUGGGUUUUGGUCAACUUUUGGAUGAGGUAUUGAAGAGUGUUUUCCUCUCAGAUCUUUCCAACUGGUCCAUGAUUGUACACUCAUUUACUCUAGGUAACUCUUUUUGACUUUCUAACACUGUGAAAUAUACUAGAGUCUUUGUUUGUCUUUGUCUCCCAUUAGAGAAGUGUAACGCAUCUCUUUAGAGUAGUGCUCCGUGUUGGAGAAACCAGAAUUUACGAUUAAGUAUCUGUAUUGUUGUUAUGUUUAAACUACCUUGUUUACAUCCUUUGUGGAAGAAGAAGAAGAAGAAGAAAAGAAGAAGAAGAAGAAGAAAAGGA